UGCAAUGAUGAGCCCGCGAAGUGACGAAAGAAACGAUUCUGAUUCGGUGGCCGAUAGUUCUUCAGAUAGUGUAGCAAUUAAUCUUGCAGCUCCUUCAUCCGCCAGGCGCUCAUUUUCUCCCAACAGUAGUGGUGGAUCAGGCGAACUACCCUCUAGUCCUCCUGUAGCUUCUAGUAGCCCUAAACCAGCAGCCUGCAGCUCCCCUAAUAUGACAGCAUCAGGCAGUCCAACCACAGCUGCUCUUCAGACUGUUCAAACAGCUCUAGCUGCUCUGCAGGCCGGUCAGAUGUCACUUAAUCAGCUGAUUGCACUUCAGGCCACCCAACAGAAUCUGCCCUGGUCAGGACUGAACAUGAACGCGAAUAACUUCAAUACUUCGAGCAUAAAUGUUUCAAGGUUUGGAAUGUCGGAGGUGGGAACGCUUCAAGUAUAUUUACAACAGCAACAGCAAAACCUUCAACAGCAAAUACAAAACCUUCUUUUGUUCCAACCAAACCAGUCCCAGACCACAGCUCUAUUCCUACAGUCACAGGUACAGAAGGCUGUUUCUCAAGCUACCCAGCAGCUGCAGGAUCUGAGAAGGAUACAGGAAAAGGAGAAGGAGUUCAAGCAGGACUUCAAAGAGACCACAGAGCCCCUCAACAACAAGCUCAAGAUCAAGAGUGAGAAGGAGUUGACCCGGGGGGAGCAGGGAUUAUUUGUUAACACUAAAAUGCAUUCCAUUCAUUCUGUUCGAUCCAAUAUAUCUCCAUAUUCGACAGAACUUAGAUCUGGAUAUCAACAUCAUUAUCGGGGUUCCAUGUCCCCCAGCUCCCCAUCCCGCCAGGACCUCAUCUCCAGGGAUGAUCUAGGUUCUCAUUACGACAUGUCAGCUCGUCAUGAGAUCCCUGCUCGCCUAGAUCUUCCAGCUGAAGAGAAUAUUGAGCUGGAAGAGCUGGAAGAGUUUGCCAAGGAGUUCAAGCAACGAAGAAUCAAGCUGGGAUACACUCAGGGAGAUGUAGGACUUGCUAUGGGGCGAAUGUACGGAAAUGAUUUCUCCCAGACAACCAUAUCCAGGUUCGAGGCUCUCAACCUCUCCUUCAAGAACAUGUGCAAGCUGAAGCCUCUGCUGCACAAAUGGCUCGAGGAUGCGGAUGGAACUGUAAUCUCCACUCCGGCCUCUAGCCUCAGUAAUCUUAAUCAUCAAGAUCUUAUAGGUAAGAGAAGGAAGAAGCGGACUUCUAUUGAGAACAAUAUUAGAUUCUCCUUGGAGCGCGCCUUCUUGAAGAACCCCAAGCCCAGUAGCGACGAGAUCAGAAGCAUAGGGGACCAACUCAACAUGGAGAAGGAGGUUGUGAGAGUCUGGUUUUGUAACAGACGACAGAAAGAAAAGCGGAUUAACCCCCACUCCCCCCACCUCCCCCCUCCCCCUAUCCCUUCACCAAUACGAGGGAUAUUCAGCUCUUAACUCUUUCUCCUCUCGGUAAAAGAAACAGGAAGACUCGAACAAAUCUUAAAAUCUUUAAAAUGGGUUUCGCGUACUUUACAGCGACGCCAUGUUGGUCAAGAAAGGACGACAUUAUGAAAUGUUGACGGAUUUCUGCUUCUGAUAUUUACAAGACUUUAUUGAAUGUGUGAUAAUCACGCCAAAGAUCUCAGUUAUUUAGUAAACUUUCGUGUGAUUUUAUAAAUCCCGGUAAAGAAAAUGUGAUUUAAAUUAUAAAUAUUAUUAGAUUUGUUGAACUUAAGUAGAUUUGCUCUCUUCCUUAUGCUAUCUUUUCUUUACCAUUUCUCCUAAUAUUUUUCAUGUAAAUUUGUUAGUUAUAAAAAAGAAAAAAUUAAAAAACUUUUUCUUCACGCUCACGGUAAAACGUUCCUGUUUAUUGCGUUAAAAUUGUAGAAACAAAUACGCAUUAGAAAAUUAUUGCAACGUUGAA